UCUAAUGGGAGAAUUGUUAUGUAGUGAUGACUAUGCAAACUUUCGUGCCUGGGUUCCGAGAAACAUUCUUUCAGUAGGUAAUGUUAACCCUAGGAAUUUUAUAUAUUAUGACUGGGGACCGAGAAAUGCCCCUAUUGAGCCCCUUAUCUGUCUUCACGCGGUAGCCGGGUCAGCAGAAGUUUUUUUUCUCCAGAUUUUAGGUUUGGCGCCAAGAGGUUAUCGUGUUGUAUCAUUGGAGAUCCCUUCUUACUUUUCGGUUGAAGAAUUUUGCCAAGGGUUUCAAUCCUUUUUGGAUACACUUGGAUUCAGGAAGAUUCAUAUCUACGGAGCUGGCUUGGGUGGAUUUCUAGGGCUAUGUUACGCUUCCAGAAACCCUGAGCAGGUUGGCUCGCUAAUUUUGACCCAUAGUUUCUCAGAUUCUAGUGGAAUACGCGCAACAUUUCCAGUUUCUUCUUCAGUGAUUCCCUGGUUACCCGAAUUCUUGCUUCGAAAGUUUUUACUAGAAAGGCUUCCGAAGGGUAGAAUGGAGCGUCGUGUUGCUGCAGCCACAGAGUUUGUUAUUUCAAAGAUAAAACUUUGUGAUAGCGAACAACUCGCUUCGCGGCUUUCACUUACUACGCUAUCAGAGAAAUUAGACACUGUCUCCUUACAGUAUUUCAAUGAAAGAGUGACUAUUCUAAGUACACUCGAUUGGAUAGCAGGUUCAAGUCUCGCAAAGCAACUGCAUAAGGAACUUUGUGAACAGUUUUCUCAUGCGAGAAUAGCAUUAAUGAAAGAUGGAGGUGACUUUCCUUACUUAUCACGUUCGGAUGAGCUGAAUGUUCAUUUAUUGGUGCAUUUACGACGCUAUGCAUUGCCGCCAGGAACUCCUUUACCUUUACCACCUCCUGCUCGAAAGAGGGACACACAGCCAGUAUUUCGGGUUUCCAAAGGUUCUCCCCGGUUGGUUACAUCGAAGGCAAGUUCUAAUAGUCGUUUUACAGGAAGCGAUGCUUCAAAAAUCGCGAAGCUCAGGGAGCUUCUCCCUGAUUAUAGUGAACAGUUUCUUGAGGCAGCUUUACUUGUAUAUCAUGGAAGUCUUGAAGACACAUUGCAAAGUAUCUUGGAAGGCUCCCUUCCUGAAGACUUUGUUAAGAAAUCCAAAGAAUACAUACCACCGCAGAGUGGAGAUAUGAAUGCAGUAGAUGAUAGCGUUUCGAGACAAAGAAAUACCGAAGAAGAAAGCACGUUAGAAGAAAACCUUUUGCUACCUCCAAAGCAGAUAAAUAGAGGAGUGGUUGAACGAAACCCGCUAGAGUAUGAGAAAUCACAUAGCAAUGUUGAAAAUUCUUCAGAUGCCAUUGCAUCUAUGUCUUCCAACAGAUUUGACUUGAAGCCUGGUGAAAUAUUUUCACAGUCGCAAACUUCCAUGGCUCAAACUCAGCUACUUAAUGGUAAUUCAGUGCAAGGAGAAGUCUCGUGUUUUGAGGGUCCCCCUUUGAAAGAGCCCUUUAUUUCUGUUGAAAGCAUGGAACAGAACCUUCCCUUGAGAACUCAGAAUGAUGUUUAUAUGUCAAACUUUGAUACCGUGACUCCUUCAGCAAAUGCAAACUUACUGCAGAGUCUCGAUUUGCUGACUAGUGUAACAAAGGAUUCCGAGUUUCCUCCGUUUCAACGGAACGAUGUAUCAGAUGUCACAGCAGAGCAGAGCAAAGGUAAUGGCCACUCGUCAGAAGUUGUUGAUAAACGGUUAUUGGAAUGGAAAAUGAGUGCCUAUACGUCUCCUUCAUUCCAGAAACCUCAGUAGAAGAAGACAACUGUAAUAGUUUAUUUGUGAUAUGGAUAUUAUGUUUCGAAUUCCAUGUGGGAAAUUGAACUCUCGAGAACUUCAUAUUUUCUAAUAUCUAUAUAUAUAUAUAUAUAGACAUAUCUA